GAACGCUAGAUUAGGUUUUGGGCAAUAAAGAAGCGGUCGUCUGCGGCUCUCUCGUCGUCUGCUCUUGGGAGUUCGCGCGGCACCCCUGCUUCACCAUCCGCUUAGGCUAAAAUCUCAGUCAGAACCAAAGUUUCAGAUUGGAGACGGAAGAAGGGGUUAAUUUUGUGCCAAUCCUAUCUCCUGAUCGGUCACGGCUCGUCGCUGGACCUCUUCCCUUGUCUUUUUUGUGCCCUUCAAGUAAUUCUAUCAUCUCGUACUGAGGAAUCGAACAACCAUGUCGUCUCUGAGGAACGCUAUCCCUCGAAGGACUCACAAAGAGCGAGCUCAGCCCCAACAAAGAAAGAAGUUUGGGCUUCUCGAGAAGCAUAAGGAUUAUGUCCUGCGAGCACGGGCAUUCCACCAGAAGGAAGAUACUCUGAGGAGAUUAAGGGAGAAGGCAGCUUCUAGAAAUCCAGAUGAGUUCUACUUCAAGAUGGUUAACACACGAAUGGUUGAUGGGAUUCACAGACCCAAGAGCGAAGCAAACAAGUACACACCGGAGGAGCUCAUGCUGAUGAAGACACAAGAUAUUGGAUAUGUUCUUCAGAAAGUUCAAAGUGAAAAGAAGAAAAUUGAAAGAUUAAAUUCUGCCCUUCAUACACUGGAUCAUCAGCCUGAGAACAAACAUGUGUAUUAUGCAGAGGAUAGAGAAGAAGUCAAAGAAAUACAAUCUAGACAAUUGGAAAAGAAGGAUUCACUUGCUUCUGUAAAGGUUCCAGGUCGUAUAAAAAAGAAAACAGCUGCAUCUUACAGAGAACUGGAAGCAAGGCAGAAAAGGGUUCAAAACCUGGAAAAGCUCUACUCCGAUAUGGCCUUGCAAAAGGAAUUGCAGAAAUCUGGCAGAAAGCGUAGACUUCGUGAAGAUGAAAUUGUUCAACCGACGAGUAGACCCGUGUAUAAAUGGCGCACAGAACGCAAGCGUUAGAUUAUGUUCACCGUCGUCGACACUAAUUUGAUGAUACUCAUCUUUAUGAAACCAGUGGUUGGCUCCAGGAAAUAGAUUGAUCCAAAGAACCUGCGCAGGUUCAGCUGGAAUUUUCCUUUUUUCUCUCUAUCAUGUUACCCAGAUCUCUUUGGGGGCUGAUUCCGAAUCAAGAAUCUUACUUUCCCUACUCGUUCUUUUUCUGUUCCUUUCACCCUUUGGGUGCUCGAGAGAAGAAAGGAGGUAGAGGUGGACCUGUGCGAGUAUGGGUAUAUGUCUGGAUUCGAAUCAUACAUAAUUAUUUGAUAUACCUUCGGCUUCGAAUUUAA